CAAGAACGAACUUUGACCCAUACCUCUGAUCUUUUCCGAUUGGUUUGUCAGUAGAAUCCUGCUGUUUGUAUUGGUUAAUCCGCUCACACCCACCGCGCGCACGCCAAAUCCAACGGGAGCCCGCCUGUCCUCCCCCAUCUGUCCCAGUGCGUGGGGAGGCUAUAAUAGACGCCCAUCCACUGCUCCCCUCAUCCUAAAGCUGCAGAUAUGUCCGUGUUCUGUGAAGUUCCUCAGGCAGCCCCUGUGGCUGUCUUCAAACUGACUCAGGAUUUCACCAACGACCAGUUUCCUAAAAAAGUCAACCUUGGAGUCGGAGCCUACAGGACAGACGAAGGCCUACCUUGGGUUUUGCCUGUAGUGAAGAAGGUGGAGAAACUCAUUGUUGAAGAUGAGAAGUUAAACCACGAAUAUCUACCUAUUCUGGGUUUGCCUGAGUUCAGGUCGUCUGCCUCCAAGAUCGCCCUGGGAGAUGACAGUCCUGCGAUUAAGGACAACAGGGUGGGAGCUGUUCAGUGUCUGGGAGGCACAGGUGCGUUGAAGAUGGGAGCAGAAUUCCUGAGGCGCUUUUACAACGGGAAUAACAACAGCAAAACUCCUGUCUAUGUGUCAGCACCUACAUGGGAAAAUCACAACGCUGUUUUCACAAAUGCCGGGUUUGAAGACGUCCGUCCGUACAAAUACUGGGAUGCUGAAAAGAGAGGGCUUGAUUUAGCAGGAUUUCUUGGAGAUCUGGAGACGUGUCCAGAGCGCUCCAUAUUUGUUUUACACGCAUGUGCCCAUAAUCCGACCGGCACGGAUCCCACACAGGAACAAUGGAUGCAAAUAGCUGAAGUAAUGAUGAGGAGGAGGCUGUUUGUGUUUUUUGACUCAGCGUACCAGGGAUUUGCUUCAGGAAGUUUGGACAAAGAUGCGUGGGCCGUGCGGUACUUUGUUUCACUGGGGUUUGAGAUGUUUUGUGCUCAGUCGUUCUCGAAAAACUUUGGGCUUUACAAUGAGCGUGUGGGGAACUUGACGAUUGUGGCCCGGGACGCAGAUAACCUCAAGAGAAUUUUAUCCCAGAUGGAGAAGAUUGUGAGAACGACAUGGUCCAACCCACCGUCUCAGGGAGCACGCAUUGUGGCCGUAACCCUCAACUCACCUCAGCUCUUCCUCGAAUGGAAGGACAAUGUCAAGACUAUGGCUGACAGGGUGCUGCUGAUGAGGAGCCAGCUCAAAGCCAAACUCCAGGCUUUGGGAACGCCGGGGACGUGGGAGCACAUCACAGACCAGAUCGGGAUGUUUAGUUUCACCGGGCUCAACCCGAGACAAGUCGAGUACAUGGUGAAGGAAAAACACAUCUACCUAAUGGCCAGCGGUCGAAUCAACAUGUGCGGCCUGACGAGCAGAAACAUCGACUACGUAGCGCAGUCCAUUCAUGAAGCGGUCACCAGAGUCCAGUAGGAAAAUGCACUUUAACCCUUGGACUGGGAGGAUUGUGUAGUCAGACUGCACCAUGUCUAUUGAGUCAUCUCAUAUUUAUUUAGAAUACUUAAUACUUACUACCAAUAUGAUUUUGUCUUUUGAUAAUCUACCUCUGAUCUAUAAUUUACUUUGAAACAUGAAGAAAAAUCUAGUACAAGCAAGAAAACUGUUAAACUAAAGUACAUAAGACAGGUUAAAGUACUUUUCCGCUAAUACACAAAUAACAUCUUUAUAUUUAAGUUUCUAUAGUUUAAAAACGUACUUUGCUUUGUCUAUUCUUCCUGGUUGAACUCAGGCAGCAGAUAAGACAAUAUUUAUUCACAAUAUUUAUGAUUAGACAUUUAUUUUGUUAAAUCAGUGUGUAAUCUGCGAGAAAAAUGCCAUUUUUGUGCGUAAAUUGUCCCUGCAUUUUGGAUAGAGCUUUUCUGUUUUACAGCUCACUACUACUACUACUUCCUGUAUUUUUCUUGUAUUUCUGCACUAGGAUAAAUAUUUACUACAGGUACUAUCCCACCAAACCAAGUAAUAAUAAUUAGGAAAACGUGAAAACCUGUCAUAUGCAUUUUAAACCAGUCAUUAUCUUUUCAUAUAGAACUAAUCCUCAUUUAUAGGCCCAGGUGAUGUUUGCGAGCCAAUGAUUUAUUUAGUAUCCCAUUCCCUUCUGUUUUAUCCGCCUCAAACUGGUUUUCUUAUCAGAACACACUCAAAUCAAUACAUUUGAACAAAGCCUUGUAUCAGAUGUUUGAACCUUAGAAUCUUAUUUGUUCCCUAAUAAUUAACAUCGUGAAUAAAAUGGUUGUAUUGUUGUAACAGAUGCAAUAAGUACAACACAAGUCUU